ACUUGCUAAUACAUAUACUUACCUUGAUGCAGUUCGAUCAAUCGUACUACUGGAUUAUUAUUAUAUUGUCCUCCUCUGUUCCUCACCGACUGCAAUCGUCGUCAGCCAGUCCGAUCCGACUCUUUCUUCCUUAAUUUCGUACAUGUUCCUAUGGCCCGCGCCUUGCUCCUCCUGUACUUCUUCUUCUUCUUCUUCGUCGUCGUCGUCUCCCGGGUCCCGGCACCACUGCUGCUGGCGGCGGCGGCGUGCGUACCCGAGCGAUGCGGCAACCUGAUCGUGUCGCCCCCGUUCGGGCUCGUGGACGGGUCGGAGGAGAACAAGUGCGGCCUGAUGGGGUUCCAGGUCCACUGCACAGAUAAGAUCCCGUACCUCGGGUUCUACGGCCGCGAGUACAGGCUCCAGAUCCUCGGCAUCUUCUAUGGCAACUUCUCCUUGCUCGUCUCCGACGCCCACAAGCUCGUGGGCUUCAAUCCCCCCAGCGAGAGAGGGUGCCAUGUCCCCACGGCCAACUCCACCUCCAAACUCGGCCUCCCGUUCUCCAACAGCCCACUCAACCAGAACCUCAUCUUCUACAACUGCACCAAGGCGCCGCCGCCGCCGGAGACGGUGAGCCGAGAUGGGCUCGUGGACACCGCCUGCCGCAACAACACGUUCGUCCGCGCGGGAGGACCGUACAACGGGGAUGGCGGCGGCGGCGGCUAUGAAUUGGAAGGCUGCAACUCUACCGCCGUGCCGGUGCUGGGGAAAUCCGACUCCGGCAAGGUGAACGCCAGCGACUACUUGGAGCUCAUCAGGGAUGGGUUCCUCCUCACAUGGCAGCCGACGCAAGGCUCGCAGCCGGAUGCUGCUGAUAAUGUUGCCGAGGAACAAGGGGAAGGCUGCUCGGCGCCCAAGAUAUGCGGCAACCUGACCAUCUCCGAACCAUUCUGGCUCCCUGACUGGGAGACGGGAAGAUCGUGUGGUUCCCUCGAUUUCGAGGUCACUUGCUUUAAGGGAACUCCAAUUAUACGGAGCGUCUACGGUUUAAAGUCCGGAUUUGCUAUCAUCAACAUCUCUUACGAGGAGCGCAGUUUGCGUGUCGUUGAUCAACACAACCAGGAAGCCUUACGCGCCUCUAGCAACCGCUGCCAUAUCCCGAGCCGGAACACCUCCGUCAAACUGACCCCUCCGUUUAAGAUCAAUCCCGUCUUCAACAUGGAUCUCAUCUUCUACAACUGCACGAAACCACCAGCAGCACAUCAGGACGAGACGCUGGUGGAGAUGAGGUGCGGGAACGAGAGCAACGCGUUUGUCCGCGCCGGAGGGCGUUACGAUGGUGCUGGAGACGGAGACUACGCUACAGAGGGCUGCCAGGCCACCGUUGUGCCGGUGCUGGGGGAAUCAUCGGGCGAGGUGGACGCGAGCAACUACGAAGAGCUCAUCAGCGGUGGCUUCCUUCUCACAUGGCAGUCCCCGCCUGCUGGUACCGGUAGCAAGAGGACUGGCACGAAGAUGAUAAUAAUAAUAGUUUUGACAUCAGCAGCUGCAGCUUUGCUCUCUACAUGUAUUUAUGUGCUGAUAUGGCAUAGAAAGGGGAAAAGACUAUGCUUUCUUCUCUGUAAAAAGACUAGCAGCAGCACUGAAAGGAAUUAUGAGGCCAUGAUAGUAUCUUAUGGAUCUCUGGCUCCAAAAAGGUAUGUGUACUCAGAGGUAAUGAAGAUAACAUCUUCUCGCAAUAAUCAGCUUGGCCAAGGUGGCUAUGGUGUGGUUUUCAAAGGAAGACUACAUGAUGGUCGUCUGGUUGCUGUGAAAUUCUUGCAUGAUUGCAAAGGAAACGGGGAUGAGUUUGUAAAUGAGGUUAUGAGCAUUGGCAGGACCUCUCAUGUUAAUAUUGUUGGCUUAUUUGGAUUUUGUUUGGAGGGAUCAAAACGAGCGCUUAUAUAUGAGUACAUGUGCAAUGGUUCCUUGGAUAAAUAUAUUUACUCAGAGAACCCCAAGGAAAUUUUAGGAUGGGAGAGGCUCUAUGCAAUAGCUAUUGGGAUUGCUCGUGGGCUAGAAUAUUUGCACCAUAGCUGCAAUACACGGAUUAUCCAUUUCGAUAUUAAGCCUCAAAAUAUCCUUCUAGACCAGAACUUUUGCCCGAAGAUUGCCGAUUUUGGUCUAGCUAAAUUAUGUCGUACCAAGGAGAGCAAGCUUUCAAUGACUGGUGCUAGAGGAACAAUUGGAUUCAUUGCUCCAGAAGUUCACUCUCGAACGUUUGGAGUCGUUUCAACAAAGUCAGAUGUCUACAGUUAUGGAAUGAUGCUGUUAGAGAUGGUUGGAGGCAGGAGAAACGUGAAAUCGGUUGUUGAAAAAUCCAGCGAAAAAUAUUUUCCAGAUUGGAUUUAUGACCACUUUGCCCAAGACGAUGGAUUACAAGCAUGUGAAGUCACAAAUGAAAUUGAGAAAAUCGCCAGAAAGAUGACCAUAAUUGGCUUGUGGUGCAUACAAGUGUUGCCUGUGUAUCGCCCUACUGUCACCAAAGUUCUAGAAAUGUUUGAGAGAAGCGUAGAUGACCUGGACAUGCCACCGAAACAGAACUUCUGCGAACUACUUGAAAAUACAACUCACAAUAUGAAUGUACAAAGUGCAAGUUCUACCAUACCUGAGGAGAUAAGCCUUGUGAAUUCGAACAUCCUACGACGGUUGCCGACUCUUUGAGAAGGUGUGUUUGUACACCCGCGUCUCAUCUUACCGUUGUAUUUUAUUUUCUACAAUACACCCAAGUAAGUGUAUCAUCUUUUAUAGAAGAGAGAGCUCCGAAGCAGCAUAUGGUUAACAAUUACAGCUCAGCCAGUGUCUCUCCGUGGCAAUCCAUCCGACUCAGUCGGCUACUUCAGUUUGUCAUUUCGCUCUGCUGUAGUACGAGUUUCUCGAGAGGCCGAGCCGCCGAGAGAGGGGAAGCGAUUCUGUUCGCCGUAUGCGGGUUUUGCUCACCGCCGCCCUCUGGUGAAGGUUUCAGAGGCAGCAGGGGUUCGAGUGCUCGUCGACGGCGUGGGGUUCCUCUCUGCGCCCUACCCUACUCUGUGCAGGGCCGAGAGGGGUUUGCUUUUCCGCCGGCCUCCGGUGAGUCUCUGAUUUUUUGCUCGCUCGUCGUGGUUGGUUGGGGACGGAUGUGCAGCAGAAGCAGCUGUUGAUUUCUCUUUGAAUCCCUCGUUUUCUGGUUCGUGUCGGAGCAUGCUUCGGGCUGGGCUGAUUAUUUCUGCUGGCGACACUGGAUCUUAUGAGAAGGAAUUUAGCUCGCAACAUGACUCCGACCGUUGUGAUGUGGAGCAGCUGUUGGUGAUUCUGUGAAUGACAGUGCAUUUUGGUGAUAUAUUUUGAGUGCAAUAUUCAUUUCAGGAACUCAAACAAGCAGAACCAGAGAUUGAUUUCAAAACUAGAGGUGUUUUAUCUGAAAAUAAUCGCAGAAACUAAAAUAGGUAGUCCCUAAGACAUUCCACCUUGUUAGUAUAUUUUCUGCAAUGUUCUUUUUUCAAUGCAAUCAAACUUUUGUCAAGUUGGGAUUACAAUCACCACUAUGAGCAGCUGCAUGCAAUAAAUGUAGGUUGUGGGUGAGUACAUACCUGAUUAGUUGGUGGAUAAUUAGUGUUCUGCAUAUGUAGAUUGUUUAUAUUGUCAAUAGCCCGCUCUUGAACACUUGCAAGUAACCAAAUGGUACCCAAUUGCUUGCAGAUAUCAAGUCAUAUGAUUACCAUAAGAAUUUUGCAUUUUUAUCUAAUUUAAUUGCCGUCCUUCUGUGCAUGUAUUGUUGUUGUUUUAUGAGUAAUGACCAGAGCAACAUAUGUGAUUCCGGCGGCACCUCGCUCACCUUUGCCGUCCACGUCUUGGAGAGAGGCUUGUCCUCUCCCGCCCGGACUCGCCAUUCCUGCUCAGUCAGAACAUCAUCCACCAAAGCUGCUUCACCCCCUGCAAAAGGACUGCAGCAGGCAGGUUGAGAUACUUGGAUCCUCUGGCGGCAGUGUGAAGCGCCUCGUAGACGAUAUGACCACAGCGGUCUUGGUGGUUUCUGCUACUUCAGGCAUGUCAUUUUUCAUCAUAGAUUACUUUCAAAUAAUCUAAUGUUGGCGAGCUGCGAUUGCAACCUUGGCAAAGUGCAAUUGCAAUUUCACAAUCACUAUUUCUUCUAUUUUUCUAUGUGUUCAUUAUGUCUUUUUCUCUGGAAGUUCAAGCUCCUCCUAUUGAUUGUGAAGCACUUGUGUUCUUUUUAAA